UUUGACCAAAUGUUUUUGUUUGGGUUGCGUUGAAAAUCGCAGGAUAAAAAAGGGCAUGAAGUGCGAUGUGCUCAGGAGGUGUAGACAAACUGGUUGUGGAUAAUAUGUAGUGAGUCGUACAAGAUUGUGUUCAUUAAUAUCUAUCGUUGGUACCAGAAUACCAGAAGAGCAAGUAACUGAGAGUAGAAGGUGUUCUUGGCUAAUUUGUCCGCAAUGGAAGUCGUAUGCAAAAAAAAACAUGAGAAGAAUGCUUCGAAGGUGAAACUCAGCGACAGAACAACAAAGGAGCUGUUAGCCAGAUUACCAGAAAUCGUUCUGGAGGGCGAACACCCUGCCGAGCAACCAACUAGCGAAUUUCCAGUGGAUGAUCGUUUGGGCUAUGUCUCAAAAGAUGAAGACACCGCGUCAGAAAAAAGAUGUAAAGGGGAAACAGAUCCACGCAAUAACGACACCUACGCACCACAAUUCGAAAACGUGAGCGAGUGUGCAAAACAGUGUACUCUCAAAGAACCUAAUCACCUUUUACAGACAGAGAAAGCGUCCGGUGAUUCGCAGGUUUCCUACAAGGCUGCGGAAAUGGAAAAUGAGUCAGUUAAGGUUGAAAAAAUGGCUGUUUCCGCAGACGAUGCAGCAAACCACGUGGAGGAACCUGUCCCAUUUGAGGUCGAGCAACAUGGACAGACGCUUACUAGCAUUAAAGACGGCAGACUAUAUCCCACACUAGACUCUAUACCUCGCGGAAUACAGUGCACAGUAAGCUUUACAGCCCCUCCUUGUGAAGAGGAUGGUACCGAUCGUCAGUACAAUGUUACGCAGCCAUCUGCUCCAAACUUAUCAACGGACUCGAGCGGACCACCUUCUGUGAUAAAGAUGCCUAACCAAAGAGAGAUCAUUCUCAGUCAGCGAAAAACACUUACCCGGGUUUAUCCAGAGCUGGACCUGAAAAAGCUUUCGGUGCUUCCCAUGAGCGAGGCUGAGAUGCUACGUUUAAAUCAAGGAGUUCUCCUGCAACAACGAGAGCGCCUAGAGGAUACUUUCAUUGAGAUGUACUCUGAAGAAAGAUUACAGGAACACGAGCUAUUCAAACUUCUGUCGGAGUAUUAUGCUGAAAAGAGUGCUUUGUCCGCUUGCUCUCACCAACUAGAUGAGCUGAUUGUAAAAGCUCAGGAGCUUCGUGAUCAUGUUUGGAGCAUGGGACGUGGACAAGUUUCCGCUUAUGACAGAUGUGGUGACAAUUCUCGGGUCGAGAAGAGCCACGAGUAUGAAAUAGCUAAUUAUGAACGUCACCAGGCUGCCCGAUUCAGGGAUACACUUCGACAAUUAGGAGGUUUGCUGCGCGCAGAGUUUGCUAGUCGCAAUCAUUCGGCUCAAGUUUUGAAGAUACAGAUAGAGCAGGUUCUCAAUAAAGGGCUUUUUCCAUUUCAGACAAUCCCCAAAACUGCUCCGAUUCCUAGGAUCGAUCUCAGUCAUAACUUAUCAGGGAAGUGUUCAUGUACCCAUGAGAUCUUCAUGUACCCAGGUGAACAUCGUUGGAGUCGUGAACAGGAGUCAACUAAAGAGUCCCUACGUGUAACGAUCUCGAUACUGUUUUGCUUCACCCGUCGGCCUUUUGAAGACGCGGAAUACAUUAAGGAAGUGCGGCAAUGGCUUCGUUCGUCUAUUGCCGUUCUACUUCGUGUAGCCGCACUGGAGGACCACUUCUUUAUACUUUCCCACAUCCUAAGGUGUCCGGCAGGAAUCUCUAAGUGGGCAGUAGAUUUGAUUCAGAUGCCCCCCAGUGAUGCUUGGACCCAACAGGAAGAGUGGAUUAACAACAAUUUCCAACCAGGACAAGUCUUCGAUUACCCAAUGCUUGCUUUAAAUCUCAUUUGUAGCCCUGUGAAACAGCGCGAGGUGUUCCUUCGUAAAUUCAAGACCGUGGUCGAUGAAAGUCCAGCAGAUACGUGGUGCAUUGUGGACGGUGAUGGAGAGAACGGAGCAUCUGGGGAACCCAUUUUUUUCCAAUGGGCUGAACAAGAUAUAGUAGACCUCCUCAAUCAGAUCCCGUUCCGUGAGAUAUUCAAAUAUAUACUGUUAGCUGAUGAAGUCUAUGACAUUGACCGUACUACAGCAAAACAUAUGCUUAAACUGAUUUCGUUUUCAACACACUUGGUGUACACGCUACGCGUUGGAUUGCGCACGUACCACUCUAGGCGCUACCGCAAUCUGACCAAGCGAAUCAGUCGACUCAUACGUCAUUGCGUUGAAUACAUAUCGGAUCAUUGGGAGGCGUUCCGUGCGGCAAAUCCUAGCGCGACCGAACUAACGCGCAUUCAAGUUGAGUACGACCAGUUUUUGUUGCGAGCAGUAAACUCCAUAUUUUUUUCAGAAUCAUUGGGAGCAUGGCAGUUCAUGGCCGUCCUACCAUAUCAGAACGUGUCACACGGUAUCAUCUGGCAACUUCUCUGGCUUUUACAUAACAAUUACCGCGAAGAAGUGCAAUUGGUGGAUAUGCGUGUUCACGAAAUCGCUAAGCAGCUCCAGUCACCUGCCAGACUUGAGGAGAAGAUUGAGAACAUGCUCGAAGAAGAGGUCUUUUAUCUUCUAACAACGUUUGCAAAUAUGGCCAUCUCCCGACAGGAAGCCAAUCGGGCCUUUAUUCAUACCGUUGCUGUCGAAGUGUUUAACAUAACGUACAUACACGAAAAAUUAAGAGAGGUACAUUCAAAAGUUGGAAGGGACUUGCUGUCUCGACUGGUUACGAAGCACCCUUUUGUUGUAUCGGUGUUGCUUGAUCAGAUUCAUCAAAACAUGAGCAAGGUGGGUAACAUGGCAUGUUAUCUUUUUAGCGGGUUCGAACUCACCCGUUGGAUCCCAGAAGACGAGGACUUAGAUAUACUCUACGGAUUUCUUGUAGAGAACGAUCUUGUGAGUUCUCAAAAUUCAUUAGCGCGAUUAGUUCUCCAGAAUAUGAAUUAUGGAUAUGAUGAAAACACUGGCAAUCUGUUUCUUCCGCAACAUAAUCAUCAAAAAAUAGCUCUAAUUAUUUUGGCAGCAUACAAAGCGCACUACCUUCCGUUUGACAAAACGGGAUAUGCGUACAAACAGUUCAAAUACAUAUCGGACUAUGCACUUGGCACAAAACAGCCAGCUACUCCUGACAGCUUCAUCCAGUACCUGUGGGACUUGUUACUACAGUUACACCUACAUCUACUAGAUUAUCCACACCACGCGCAGCGGAAGCUGAUUACCGAUGACGAACCGCCAAUAGGGGUUGCGCUUUCACUUGACAGUGUCAGCUGGUUGGAACCUUUGCGGGUCGGAGUAUCAGAAGGACUCCCGCCUGCACUUUACAUUGCGCUGAUGAUGUGCUCCAUGGGCCAUUAUAGAGAGGAAAUUGUAACAAGAGGUGUAUCCUUUAUCGUAGACCUGGUUAAUAAAGAUCAGUUCAGAGCAGCCAUAGAGUCCAUUCACCGAAUUACAGCUGUAUUUAUUUGCAAGUCCGAACUGUUAGUAACCCAUGUGAAGUUCUUACAGGCCAUGGAAACCAUUAUUCAGGCCGACAAUACUUAUUCAGCAAUAGUUAAGAACCUCGUGGUCAGCAGCUUUCCUGGAGAUAUCCUGAGUCAACUUGGGCGGAUUAUCAUACUUCAAGUACGUAAAGCAAAAGCCUGGAGUUUACAAACAAAAUGCGUACUUAUGUGGCUGCAAAUUCUAUUUAAUUUGCCUGAAAUGUCCGUUAAGCGAGGUACUAAGGCUAAAGCACGUGAAAGUGUAUAUUUCCUUUUGGACAUUUUGGUACAACUGGCAUACCAGGAGGUUGGUUGUAUUGAGAAAGUAUUCUUAUUUUUACAAGACUCAUUAUCCAGCGUAGUUUCGUCCAAUGUUGCGUAUGAAUCAAUGGUUCGAUCGGUGAUGAGCUAUGUGUGGUGGGGCUCAGGAUCGUCAUGGCCAAUCCUUGUAGCACUUUCUUCUGUUAAACAAUUUCCCUGGUUUGCCUGGGCAGGCCUUGUAGCUGAGGGCAGAGUAGAGUUGAACUGCAGGCCAUGGAAACAACUUAUUAAGGAAAUGGCUGCUAAUACUAAAUUAACGACCGAGGCAGCGUUAAAGCUAGUAUCAAGUUCGAUGAAAAAUGUACCCAGCCAAGAAUUUAUACUCGUCUAUCGAUGGGCACAGCAAGCUCUUGAAACCGAAAUGAAUCAUCCCGCUUUACCUCUCAUUUGGCAACAAUUUUUUCAGCUGUACCUUCAAAGAGCUCCAACUGGAUGUUGUGUUGGUUUACGGCUGUUUGAAGGAACCACCUAUCAUCCAGUGCUCAAACAGCUUAAAAGGCGUUUGAAUGAACUUACAGGGCAUUACCACAGGCGUUACUGUGAUCUGGCUAAAAACCUUCAGGAGCAACCACUGUCAGAUCAUACAAAAAAGACAGGUCGUGCCCUCGCACAGAUGAACGAACUAUGCCAGCUGUUUGGCAAACUUCAGAAAUAUUUCAGAUCUUUAUACUUGUGGUUGGAAGAGCCUCGAAUCCAUGACCCUAACGUGACAUUGCUAGCUCUACCUCCUCAAUAUAAUUCAGAGCUGCUGCAGAUUUUGCUUUGCAACAGGGCUGGCUUGUGGACAGAUCUGGUUCACCAAGAACUUAUUGAAGAAUGCCUAGAUAAGUUAUCCGAAAAAAAGAACGCUUUCAAAGUGAAACAACAAUUACAAUCAACUCAGAUUGAACAAACAGUUGAACAAAAAAUCCUGCAUAGGUUACGAUGCUACGACGAUACUCAAGGAGCGCCUCCGUUACCCAUUAUAAAACUUGCUAUCCCCGAAGUUACUGAACAGGUGCUUCUGCGUGGAGAAAAACUUUUACAAAACGCAAGGUCGGAACUAAAGACAAUCAUGGGGCAUGCGAGGGCAUUUAAUGCUCAAAGUAUCCACCUUAGUAACCUUGACGAAAAUAUCGACGAUUACCUGAAGAAGCUUUAUACCAAUGAGGAUCGCUCUAUUGAGUUUUAUAUGGCAUGUGCGCUUGGCCCCAAAUGUAAGCAGCAUGCCCGACUUGUAUUCAGGUUCCACGAGGCAACAAAGAACAAGGUUGUUAGUAAUAAUGUGGUCGAAAAUCGCAACGAAUGGACAACAAUCAUUUGUGACUUACGGAGCCCUCCUUCAACCGGCGUUAUCAACGCAUGCGCUUUCGUCGAAUCCGUUAUUACAAAGCUGGUUAAUUUCCUUCAGCUACAGCCGAUUACUGGGUUGCACCUUCGUAAAACAGGUGGCAAGUUGUUUGCCGAAUUGGUGUCAUUCAUGAAUAAAGAUUGUCUGGAACACACCCCUACCCGCCAGUUUUUGACACAGUGUCUAGAAGUUCUUGGUCAGGCUGUCGUACGACCUGACCCUACACAAACGCGGCCACUUCUUGAUCUAAUUCUACGAAACCCGCAUCUCGUCUCAUAUCUUUCGCCUUACUUCGCUCCUGCGGUAUGUGAACCAUCUCGCUACGCGGAAAUGUACAACGUGUUAUGCUACAACUUGGGACCUGCGUUAUAUGAAACGCAAUUUAUUCUCCUUAGUAAGUUCGAUGUUGGCUCCUACCUGCGAACGACACCGACGACCGCGCUAGACCGACAGAACUUGAUUGGAACCCUGAAAGCGGCAUUGCAGAGUAUAGGUCGAAAGAGCAAGUUAGAGCCACUGUUAUCCAAGAUUGAGGCUCUUUAUCUAAAUCAAAUGCAGACACUGCUGGCAGUCAAUGACUUCGAGCAUUAUUUCCAAAUUUUCAACAUGCUGCUCAACGGAGUCCGUCUCAACAAUAUACCUUUGGAAACAUUUACAACAUUUUUCAAGGCGCUUGGUUAUGAGAGCAUUACGCAAGGGGACCUACCCGUGAUUUGUGGAGCGCCUGGUGCGAGUCGCGUAGAAGAAAGCAUAAAAAUGAUGUCCGACUUCUUCAAAGAUUUUCGCAACAAAGAGGCUUCAGCGCCGAGAAAAGGAUUAUAUUGUUUGUGUGAUUAUUAUCUCAGCUCUUUGGCCCCACUUUACACGCUCAUGGGAACGUUGUACAUCGUUCAAAAAGGUCAGUCCAUGAGCCAAAACAUGCCAAGUGCUUCUGACAUAGAUCACACAUUGCAGGCGAUCUUUGAUCUCUAUGAACCCUGGUUAGGCGUAGUGCAAGAGGGUAAAAAGUACUGUCUGCCUUGGCUACCGGGAGAGAAACAAAAAAUCGCGGUUAUGUUACAGAGCUAUGUCCAAUUAUUGGGAGUAGUGCAAACGGUUCUCUCUAGAAUUCAAUCCUCCGUCUUUCAUUCUCUGUGGCAACGCUAUUUCAUAAGCUAUGUUUGGAAUGCUACCCCAAACUACAUAACGACCUUCUAUUAUGAAAAGAUACUAUCCCUUCCAUGGGAAGCUUUUGUCCCGAAUGUGCAAGACCUCCGUUUAAUGACCAAAGUUCUAGAACCCGAAUACGUUAAUCAUUUGCCUUUUUUAAUUCAGAUACUUUUACGACUUGAUUGGACGUAUCUGCUUAGUGAUUUAGCUAUUAAAUGGGAUCAUACCGCCCGCACAGAAGCAUACUCACGUUUUGUUGAGCUUCUUUUGAAAACCGGUUGGGAUAAGACUGUGACAGCUUCCGGACGCACGCGUGACCUUUGCCACAGCUUGGCCGAGCUUGACUGGAGCUGCGUGCCUGGGAAAUUAUUAAAGGAUCUUAUGCUUUUUUUUGAAACGAAAUGUGAUCCAUUAUGUGUUUUACUACCAGAUGACAACUCUCAGGAUGACGUUUUGUUGAGUUUCAUGCAAAAUAUCGCCUGUCUUAGGACAGUUAAUGCCUCUUGCUCAACACUCGAAAAACAAGCAGCUUAUUUUGCUAUGACCGCCAGACUGGUGCGCAGGUGCGCCGAAACUCCCGGAACCAGGAAUCUAGUCAAAAAUCGCCAGUGUGUGUCUCAGUUUAUGCCGAAGCAUAUGACUUACGUGACUAGCCUGAUUAACUCUAAACAGCCUGAUUUCAAUGAUCAAAGCCUCACACUCAUAAAAGAUGUGUUUUCGGUGUUAGACAUUGUCGAUAGUUUUGAAUGGACUAAUGUGUUGACGGAUGGACUUGUUUUGUGGAUCAGUGCAAAUCCUGGAUCUGACUUGAUCUUAUCGUGUAUAUCGGUAGCCGCUUCCCUGUCCAAUCAGCAGGCUGUACCACACAUAGUAGAAGCUUGCAUUGCUGCCUACUCAAAGUCUGAACUUGAAAUUUUUUCCUCUGAUGGUGGCUGGAGCACGAUGUUAACAGCCCUGAGAUUUCCCGGUCCAAAAAUUGAUGAAUUAUUAAAAGCAGCCGUGGAAAGUAGUUCAUUUCUAACCUUAUACGCAUACGUGCUCCACAAGCUGCGCUACUGUGGUUCUUUAGAGAAUGAACUGACACUCCUGGGUCGAAUCGUCGAUUGGGUAGUAGAGUCCAUUCCAGUCAAUGAAGAAGCCGAGCCCAAAAUCCUAUUGUUAUGGGACAAGCUACUUGUCCUGAGUAUUCGUCAGUUAGAAUACGGGGGUGAUGUGCGCAUCGUAUUCAGGCAUCUACAAAGGUUCGUGGGGAGUCUUCUGCAAGCAGGGGAGGACAAAGUUUCGAGCGGCUUGUUAGGUGCAAUAGGCUUCGGGCGACGUUCGCCUUUAUCAAUAAAGUUUCGUUUCAACAGCCGGUUGAUUGCAGCUAUCGUUGCACAACACCUUACCGAAGACGGACUUGUCAUGCUCCAAGCAAGACAAAAUGCAGCGGGCGAGCACAAACCGCAUCGUUUUGCCAGCGAAGCACUGGCUAAGGUAAGGGCAAUGCAGGGCAACAAAGUGUACUCUGAUUUACACAAUGAACUUGAAGCGGCCCUGAGCUUGGUAAACAGCUGCAGCUCAUUGAUCGACUCACAAGAGGCUGUUAAACAACUUGUCAAUUUUUUCUAUCCAACCCUAGCUUAUCUGAAAAUCCUAUUUUUUGGGGUAAUGGAGUGAUUCAUGUGAUUUACACCUGCUUGAAUAUGAUACAUAUGUUAGCUUCACGAUUUUCCGAAUUGUCAUGCGUUUGGCAAGGAAAUCUACAGAGAACUUCAAAAACAAAAAAAAAAUUGCAAGUCAAAUGUUAGGCUUACCAAUGUAUGUGUGAGAUACGUAUCAGCGGCUUAGUGGUACAAAAAAA